GAGACUGGCUCAUUCAAGUUUUUGCUGUCGAGGAGAGUUGGUAUCUUGAGCGGUGAACAAUAGACGGCGGUGUUGCGGUUAGCGUGGGAUUAAAAAAAAAUAUUCCGAGAAAAAAAAAAUACCUUUCUCUGUUUAAAUAACUUUGGGAAAUCCACAUUCUGCAGGAUUUCAACGAUUUGUGGUGGUAAACAAGGAUCUCUGUUCCCUUUGGAGUUAAAUACAACAGCCCUUUUGGGCUCACCCACAGCCCGCUAGCAGUAUGGAUGGAUUUUAUGAUCAGCAAGUUCCUUUUAUGAACUCUACUAAUGUCUCUCAUGUUGAGGAGCCACGUAUUAGACAGCUGAGUGACAGAAAACGCAAAUUUUUAGACAAUGAAUUGGCUCAAGAUUCUGAAGAGCUUUUCCAAGACUUGAGUCAACUUCAGGAGAUCUGGAUUGCUGAAGCCCAGGUUCCUGACGAUGAGCAGUUUGUCCCAGAUUUUCAGUCAGAUAACUUGGUGUUCCAUGGACCUCCUCCAACCAAGAUCAAACGUGAACUGCACAGUCCAUCUGAGGAGCUCUCUCCCUGCAACCGUGACCAGAACCUCAACACCCACUAUGGGGAGAAGUGCCUUUACAACUACAGUGCCUAUGACAGGAAGCCAUCUACUGGGUUCAAGCCAUUAACUCCUCCUUCAACGCCUGUGUCCCCACGUGGGUCUGGACACACCGCUGGGGCACGGCCUCCACUUCACAAACAGACACCUCCUCCAGGUAUUGGACAAACACUUCCAGCUGGACAAGUCCAUGAACAGACCCAUAUUCAGAAUACUCGUCAACUUGGUUCUCAGACACCCACAUUUGCAGUGCCCUGCCCACCCCUGGCUCAUUCUGAUGGACAGUACGGCCCAGAACAUAGGUUCCACCGUCAGCUGUCAGAACCAUGCCUUCCUCUUCAACCUGCUGAACCCCGCAGAUGCCCACCAUAUCCUCCUCAAGCUGCCAGCGCUGCUUCCCGAGAUGGCAGGCCUCCUUAUCACCGACAGCUCUCAGAACCUCUUGUACCUGCACCACCUCAAGGCUUUAAGCAGGAACUACCAGAUCCCCGUUACAGAGAACACGCUAUGGCACCACCACAACCACAAUUCCAUAACCCCCAUUCUCUUAACAUCAAGCAGGAGCCCCAUGACUACUGCUUUGAUUCUGAAGUGCCUAACUGCCAGUCCUCAUUUGGAAGGGGUGGAGGUUUCUACCGCAACAACCAUGACACCUUUUCUUAUGAUCGGGAUCCCCGUCUUUACUACGAUGACACCUGUGUUGUUCCGGAAAGGCUUGAUGGCAAAAUAAAACAAGAGUCCCCAAUAUAUCGUGAUGCACCCCCUUAUCAGCGGAGGGGUUCCUUACAGCUCUGGCAGUUUCUUGUUACUCUGCUAGAUGACCCUGCAAAUGGUCACUUCAUUGCUUGGACUGGUCGUGGCAUGGAAUUUAAACUUAUUGAGCCUGAAGAAGUGGCUCGUCGUUGGGGCAUCCAGAAAAACCGUCCUGCCAUGAAUUAUGAUAAACUCAGUCGUUCUCUGCGCUAUUACUAUGAGAAAGGAAUUAUGCAAAAGGUGGCUGGAGAGCGGUAUGUUUAUAAGUUUGUUUGUGAUCCAGAAGCUUUGUUCUCCAUGGCAUUCCCUGACAACCAACGGCCAUGCCUGAAACCAGACCCAGACUGCCCACAGGUGGACGAUGAUACGCUGCCUUUGACACAUUAUGAGGAGAAUACUCCAUAUGUACUGGAUGGGGGGGAUCAGUGUAUGGGAGGCUUGCCAUUCCAUGAGGGCUAUGUCUAUUGACCUCUCACUUGGACUACAAAAGGGAGGCUUCUUGACUUUCCUGUUUCAAUGCUUUCUAUUUCUUUUUCAUUUGGAAGGACGUAAAUACACUUGUUUAAAUUACUGAGUGCUUGCAAAUAGGCACAUUUGCUCUUUGAUACACAACAAGUCUGCUGUCCUGGAAAUGGCCCAGGUUUGUGUCUGUAAUGGAGGUGCAGCUGGGGUUUCUGUCUUUUUCCAGCCACCCACAGUGAUAGAUGAAUGAACAAACAUUGCUUCUGUGAAGGCAGAGUUUAAAAUGGAGAAGGAAGGCUGCUGAUAAUUCUACUUUGAUUGCGUGACUUUGUAGCAUUCAUUUCUGUAUUGACAAUCUGCUUUUUAAAACAUUGUUUUAGCUUCUGGCCACACUGUUGUAUAGCUGCCUUUUUGAAAUGUAUAAUCAGAGUCACUGAAUUUUUGAAAGGGCUUUAAACAACACUAAAUACUGCUGUAACAUCCUUUAAAAUUAAAAAAAAAAAAAUAUUCUGUGACCAUGAGUAUUUGAACGAGCAGGCCCUUCUUGACGAUCGCUUGUUUAGUAUGGCUUUUGGUAAGUCAAAUUUGCAUUUUAAGAACUGGUUUUAAACAUCUCGAGCAGGUCUACUCAUUUUUGUGUCCAGAGAUACAAGCCACGUUGAGUAUACUCUGCUGCCAUUGGAAGUGACCAAGCAGUCCUUCCUAACACUUAACUGCUCCUAGGAAACUGGUAGCAGAGGGAUAUUUUGUGACAAAAGGGAUAAAUGACAGUAUUUUCUGAAGUUUUUGGAAGAAUUUAUAAAUAUAUAUUACAAAGAGAUUUUUUUAGGGUUUUUUUGUAUUUAGAGCUUAAAUAACUUUUAUUUUUUAUUAUUGGCACUGCACUCCUACGAGGAUUUUGACAGACUGGAAUUACAGAUUUUUUUUUUGUUCCCUUUUUCUUCAGGUGCUUGUUAUAUUGAAGGGGAUUUGUACAAUCAUUCCCAUUUAAUACCCCAGCAACUGAAUAUUCUGAGAGCCUGCCUUCCUGUAAUUUUUAUUUUUUAUGUUUUUAGAAAAAUGCUAAGGAUUGUCUGCUCUCUGCCCGUGUUUGCGUGGAGUAUUAAAACAGGCUACUGCCCAAUGACAUAUCGCUAAUCUGUAAUUCUAUAAUGAGAUGGUUUAUGUAAAGUUCUCUGCAUUUUUAAUGUUUCAUGGAGUUGUUUUGAAGAAAAAUAUAUAUAUUUUUGCAAAGGCUGCAUCAGUUUUCAAAUUAUUGUAUAUGCUGUAUAGUUUUGCCUUUUACAAAUAUGUAUAUCUGUAUAAUCCCCUAUAUAACUACAGUUCUUGUGCUAUAGUAAUUUCAGAAAUUACAUGCUCUUGGAGUGAAUUGGAGCACAAGGUACUGCCAAGGUCUCGGAAGACAUUGAUUUUAGUACUGUCUAUCCACCGAGGUCCAAAGUGAUCCAAGCUUGUAUAGGCAGCUUCUUUCCUGAAUUUUUCCACAAUGUGUACAUCGCACUGCCGAGUUUACAGUCUGUACUGUGUACAAUAAAAUGUUUUUUUUUUUCCUGCUUCA